CCCACAACAAAGACCCCUGGACAGUGAAUGAGAGGUUAAUAGCUUUUGGUAACCUACUUCUUUGACUUGAUUUUGCCAAUAUUUAUUCUCAGGAGGCUUAACAGAAAUCAAAUCUGAGAAAAGGUCUUGUUUUCUUUGGCUAGGGUAUAUUUUGAGUGGGAGUGUGUUUUCCAAGUGUGUGUGCAAGUGUGAAAGGCUACUGCAUAUCCUCUGCUAUGGCAUCCCUGACAUCCUCCAGCCGCAGAUCCUCCUCAUCCUACCGCUCAUCGUCACGUUACAGCACCUCCAGUUCCUAUCGGUCGGAGGGCUCACUGGGCGGAUCGUGCGAUUCUCUGGAGCCCCUUUUUGAGCCAUUUCUUGACUCUGCUGAUCAUUCUAGUCGGUUUGGAGAAGAGGGCCCCGGGGGACCCAGCUGUCUGGCCCCCUUCAGCAGGCACAGCAGAUCCUCCUAUGGACACACUGGUGGCGCUGUGACAGGCUGGCAGAGCAGUACAGGUGGUGCGGUGCGAUGUCUGGGAGACAGCUACUACAUGUCAGCUGACGUCAGCCAGUUCGAGCCGCAUGACGUAGUGGUGAUGGCCUACAACCACCAUGUUGUCAUUCACGCCCAGAAGGUACUAGACGAUGGAAGCGUCAGUGACACGUUCACCCAUAAGUCCCUGUUCCCUGAGGAUAUGGACCCCCUGUCGGUCAGUGGGACCCUUAACCCCAAUGGUACCUUGGUGGUGAGUGUCCGCCGGACCACCCUGUCAGGUGGCCUGGAGCCACUGGGUGUCAACACCUACCGCAGUGAAGCUCACCUUUGACCUCUGGCCUUGUAGCAAUUCUCACUGUAUUUCAGCUACUCUUGUUUAGGAUGUAUAUUUGAUUAUACUGUAGUCUUGUCAGUAGGGUUAAACUCAUAUGAGGCAGAUAAUAGCAUAAAAAAAUAUGUGAAUGAGGAAUUACAGCUGAAUGGAUAGUAACUAUUUGACCUACCAUUCUGUCCAUCCAUCCAACGACUACUGGCCAGCUUGCUAUGACAUUUAGGAUUAGUAUUCAUGAUCCCCAGAGGCUGACUCCUCAUGAUUAUAGUGACACCCUGACCUUUUGUCUAGCACCACUGUCUAAUUAAAGUUUUCCUUUAAUUUCUGUGACAAGGUAUCUCAUGAAGUAAUGAUCUAACAGGCAGAAUGUUAAAAGAUUGGUUGUCUGGAAACCUCACGAUAAAGGCAAGUCUUUGCAUCCGUCCAAGAAACUUGAUGUUUUUACACUUUGUUUUUGUAUGGAUUAAACAAACCAGAUGUUUUAAUUAUAGAGGUGCUGGUAGGCUGUUUUUCUUACCUUUGGACAAAGCCAGGCUAGCUGUUUUCCCCGGUUACCAGUCUUUGUUCUAAGCUAAGCUAAGCUAAUCGACUGCUAACAAUAGCCUCAUAUUUACAGUACGGACAUGGGAGAUCUAUUAGUUUAUUAGAUCAUGGUGUCAUGGUGGAUGGAAGGGGGGAAAAAAGUAGGUGCUUUAUGUGAGUAGCAUUGGUUGUAUUAUUUCUUUUGCUAUGACAAACUGUAUGUAGACUAUUGAAACUGUCAGAAAAUGCAAUGAGUGUAUGUUUAAUUAUUAGUUAGUAUUUAACUGGUAGACUAAAUACACUUUAAAUUUGUGUUUUUAUUUUUCCAAUACAGUUUAUCUACUUUUAAAGCUCAUUUUAUGUUGUAAAUUCAUAGUGUACAUUAAAGUGUUAAAACUGAUGUAAUAUGAAUGAAGAUUUGGUUGUUUUAUAGAUAAGCAAUACAUAUGUGCAUUUAAUAAAAUCUAAAUAACAAA